AUGUCAAGGUUCUCUUCCUCACUACAUACUCCCUACGAUUUCCUCUUCUCCCUUGAACUCACUCCAUCUCUUACCUCCCGACUUCUCAUCUUAACUGCCCAGUUCCUCAAACAUAUACUCCCUCCGCUGAAACAACAACUCUUCCACUCUCCUGUUUCCGCCGUUCUCAUCCGCCUCACCUUAUCACUUCCGCUUCACGAACAACACCACUAUCGGAACCCCUCCGUGAACCAUUCACUUCCUUCAACUACCUUCUACACGACUUCUCCUUAUCUCUGCCUGCCACACCUCCAUCGCCUAGUCAACAACCAGCAAUAUCACCCUGUAACACCGAACCUCAACAGCCUUUCACUCUUCCCAACUCGCGUCUCCCAUCAAACCGUAUACCAGCCUUCACUACUUCCUCUUUCUUUCAACCGUGACCACCACAACCAGCUACCGAGCCAAUCUUCACAACUAUUCCCUUCCGUUCUCCGCCGUUUAACCAUCAUUGCUCGCUCUUCUGUCAGCUUCAAAUCGGUGAUGCUGUUGCUGCAUUUAUUCGCGUAG